UCCUUGCGACACGACCUCUGGAUUCCCGUGCCCGCUACGCCGACGUGACGGGGGUAGUCGCGCGCGCGCCACACGAACAUAGCGAAUUGCAGUAGCAAAUAUCGUUGCGUGAUAACCGCGCCGUUAUCACCGGUCGUCCUUCGAACGUGCGGAGAACAGAUCGGAGUGCAGUGGCCAAGGUGACAUCGGAAAUUUUCGACAGUUUUCGCGAGCAAAACUUCUGCGCGUUUGUAAAAGCACUCGGUCGAACUUUGUUUUCAUUCUCGCGGACGGAGAAACGUAAAAUCGGCUGGCACUCGUGACAAAUCGCCGCGUUAAAUCGCAGAUCCGCGGCGUAAUACCGCUAAUAUCGCGCUGUCUUGGAGGAUAAUGGAUCGGUCGCGUGGCGAGGGGCAAUGGACAAUCGGGUCGGUGGCUUGACGGAUCGUGCGUGUCGCAGUUCGAGCUUCGGAUCGGAACUAUGCGGUGGUGGUAUCCGCGCGAGUCAAUCGUCAAGCGAGAUCAUCGAUCGCCCGGACUUUUCAACAAGUUGUAACGCGACGUCGAUUCGCGACGCUGGUUAACCCUGUCUAACCCCUCUUCGAUCAUUGUGCUAACUGUGCGCGCGCGAGUGUCCGGAAGAGUCGCGGAAAGGGGUGAAGGAUCCCCUCGAAACGCGGAGGUCUUAUAAACGAGUUCGGAGUGAAUUGUUUUGUGACCAGUUCGCCGGUGACUUUCGACGUGAGAACUCGGUUGAUCGUUGACUUCCGAUACUUCGUACGAUAGCUUCGACGAUUUCUCGAAGAAUAAGUUAGUGGCAGCCUCCGUGCCCGAUGGGAAUUAUGUAACGCGAUUUGGCGACCGUCAUAGUCGUCCGACUCUUCGUGGCAGUCCCUGGGAACCGAUCGACUUUCCAGGAGAACAGGUGACGAAACGGCGUGCGAACGAGUGGGGGAGAUCACGACCCGUAGAAGUCGUAUGAAACUCUGGACGAAGCGAGGAGCCGCGGGUAACGCGCGGACGAGUGCUGCGGUGCGAAGGGUGAACGAAGCAAGAGAGGGUGGCAAUCGACGGAUGAGAGUUUGAGUCGUAGAAAAGUGGUUUCUAGAGGCGGGCAGAGACAGGGGGGAGCCGGUGCAAGUUAGCUCGUGGAGGAGGAGAGCAGCUGAGUAGCUUUGGAAGCUGCGCUCGCAAAAAGAAGAAGCUCGGUUUGAACCGGUGGUCGAGGGUGGCGGGUGCCGGUGCGCGCGUGUUCGCCCUCCCUCGCUGUGGAAACGAAAGAGAGAAGGCCGCCGAGGGGUGAAAAAGGACGAUCUUGUGCGUCAUCGAACGAAGGAAGGACGGGUUUAGAAGUUCUGGUGUGUCGUUGACGUGACUACACAGUGACGUGACGUGACGUGACGUGACAUCGAGGCGUCGAGAUGCUGCUGGAUGAGAUGGCCGUCUCCGUUCACACGCGUCUGUCACUUCUUCUCGUCCUGGGUGCCACCCUGUGCCGCGGCAGGAUCACCGAUCAGGAGAUAGUGAGAAUGAUAGAUGCGGAGGCAGUGGCAGGUGGAAUUGCUCAGUUACCGUGCGACGUGGAACCGCCAGUCCCUGGGGAUAAGCUACAUCUAGUUAUUUGGUACAAGGAGGAGACAGACGCCCCGAUAUACAGUUUCGACACGAGGGGACGGAGCUCCCUGGAACAAGGAAAACACUGGCAGAAUAUCAGCCUGGACAAACGUGCCUUCUUCAGAUACUCGGAGCGUCCCGCGAAACUCACCCUGGAGAACGUCCGUGAGAGCGAUGCCGCCGUCUACAGAUGCAGGGUCGAUUUCAAGCAGUCGCCGACCAGGAACAGCAAAGUCAAUCUCACGGUGAUCAUACCGCCGGAGAAGCUUAGGAUAUUGGAGGAAGACGGAAGAUCUCAUAUUGCCUAUUACGUACUGGGCCCGUAUGCCGAGGGCGCAUCCCUGAAUAUUACCUGCGUCGCUACCGGUGGUCGACCGCAACCGCGGGUGACGUGGUGGCAGGAGAACGCUCUUCUCGACGACACUUAUGAGACUGUCGGUACCAAGAGUGUUCAAAACGUGCUGCGAUUGGAAAAGUUGACCCGCGAGCAUCUGAACGCGGUCCUCACCUGCCAGGCGUCGAACAACAACAUGGUCACGCCUAUAUCCAGCUCCGUCACGCUCAACAUGAACCUGAAGCCGCUGAGAGUCCGCAUGCAAGGGGAGAAUCGUCCAUUUAGCGCCGGUUCCACGUACGAGAUCAGUUGCGAGGUGGUCGGUGCUAGGCCCACGCCAAAAAUUACUUGGCUGAAAGGGAGCGUGAUACUGAGGAACGCCAGGCAAACGAUGAGCCCCGACAACAAUGUCACCACCAGCGUUCUCACGUUCAUGCCGAGUAUCGAGGACGCCGGCAAGUUCCUCUCCUGCCGCGGUAGCGUGCCGGAUAUACCGGAUUCCGAGAUGGAGGACGGAUGGAAGCUCGACAUACACCACGAACCGGUGGUUACGCUCGAGCUCGGGAGCAAUUUGAACUUGAGCGCAAUCCGCGAGGGUAUCGACGUUUACUUCGAGUGCAACAUCAAGUCGAAUCCGUGGGUCUACAAGGUCUCCUGGCGGCAUAACGGCAAUCCAUUGUAUCAUAAUCCUGGGACGGGCACCAUAAUCAGUAAUCAAAGCUUGGUACUGCAAAGCGUGACCCGUAGCAGAGCCGGGAUCUACACGUGUAUUGGCAGCAAUCGGGAAGGCGACGGGGAGAGCAACCCACUGAACCUGGACAUCAAAUUUACACCGGUAUGUCACCAAGGCCAGGUGAAGGUAUUCGGUGUGGCUCGACAAGAGACCGCGAAAAUACCUUGUGAGCUGGAGGCAAAUCCGCCGGAAGUAACAUUUACGUGGAAGUUCAAUAACACGAUGGAAGCGAUCGACAUACCUCAGGCACACGUCACCAGCGAACGAACCCGUUCCAUAGCAUCUUACACGCCGAUGACGGAAUUAGAUUACGGCACGCUUCUCUGUUGGGGUACCAAUGAUCAGGGCACACAACUCGAACCCUGUGUUUACCACAUCGUGCCAGCCGGUCACCCGGACACGCCGCACAAUUGCUCGCUGCUGAACCAGACGACGGACUCUCUGUACGUGGAGUGCACCGAGGGAUUCGACGGCGGUUUGCCGCAGAAGUUCACGAUACAGGUGGACCGGGAGCCGAGCGCCAGCAGUACAUCCUCAAAGCCGAGCACCACAGUCUACAACCAGACGAGCAAGGUGCCGUCGUUCUCGGUGGGCAAUCUCGAGCCGGGCACCACCUACGACGUACAGAUAUACGCGAGCAACAACAAGGGUCGCAGCGAGACAGUUCACUUCCGCGCCACCACGCUGAAUCUGCCCGAGAGGCGUACAGCAGGUGAGAGGCUGGCGCAACCUCCGCCCCCGGAGAAUUGCACGAUCAGGGAAGAGAGCUGGACUACGGUCAGGGUGAGCUGCGCCGAGAGCGAGUACAUCGACCCGCGCACCGCCACCUACGUCCUGCAGGUCUUCGACGCUGACACCAGGCAUCUGUUGGCCUCCGCGACUAGCACGACGCCUAGCAAGCUCGAGAUCACCAAUCUGCCUGCGGAGAGGAGCGACUCCGGGCUGGUGCUCUCGCUGAGGAUCAUAACGAAGCACGCGACCAGCGACGCCACGAUUCUUCACAGCCCGCAUUUAGUUCAGGAGGGUAAGACACAGGAGCACCAACGAUUCCCAGCAUUGACACCGGUGAUGUUGUCGCUGUCCGGACCACUGCUGGGAGCGGUGGUCGGAGCAACGGCGGGACUUCUACUGGUGAUCUUCGUGAUAGUCCUGGCAGUGAGAUUACGGUAUCGACCGAGGCCUCAGGAGGACAAGGACUCUCACGACGACGGCGGCAUGGCAAACCUAGCCGCGUCCGGCACCGGCAGUUCCUCUCCACGUGAUAAAUCGUCGACCCUGCCUCUCAACUCGGACAGCAUCGAGAGCUUCGAGAAGGACCCAGACAUAAUUCCUCACGCUAAUGAAAAUUCCUAUGCUGAACUGUGCAAAGGCACUUCACCGCGCUAUGUGUUACAUCAGCCACGAACAGAUGCAAGCACUUUUACAAACAACGGAUCAGAGUUAACGUACGCCGAACUGUCGCUCGGCGGCCGACGAAUACCUCCUAAUUGUUAUCAGCCGGUACAGGUAUCCAAUAUUCAGCGGCCUCAACUGCUUCCCAUGUCGACUCUGACGCGUAGGCAGCUAAUCCAGGAACCGACGAUUUACGCGCAAGUCGCCAGUCAUUCUAAGCCGAUUUAUGUGCCGCCCCCACAUCCGUACAUGAAUCGCGGCGAAGAGACCACAGCGGAAACUCCAUUAAUUGGACACGACAAUAAGAUUACUACGAUCAGUCAAUCAGGCAGCUCCAUAUGGCGCACGGACACGCCACCGUCUUCUAAUGCACCAACGACAUGAUUCUAAAGUCCGGUCUCGAUCGACGCAACGUUUCGCUCUUAAUACACGUUUCUCGAUACACCCGCUAGAAUGAAGAAAGGAGUAAAACUGUUUAAUAAAAAAGAAGAAGGAACAAUCGAAGAGACUAUUACACGGGCGUUUCCCGUAGCUCGCUUGUGAGGAGCGACGUGGCCGACCGUGUUAUCGUUAAACUUUCUCGUACAAGUGUUACAGAAAGUUCUCAUUGAAGCGUGAACGAUGAAAGUAAUUUGAAAAGAAUCCACACGCAGAAGUAUAGUGCGACUAUAAUAUGUAUCAUAAAUGCUUUACGAAUAAUUUGUGUUAUUAUUGUAAAACAAGGAAUGAUAAUCUCUUCUGAGUAUCGAAACAUGAUUUAGAACAAAAUUUCUGUUAAUGAAAUCCAGAACAUAAUGGCAUAAUUUUCCUGAUCCGUGAAAGUAAUCCAAUCGGCGAGUCCUUUUCAGCCGUCCGUAAGUGAAAACAGAUGCACAUAAAAACGAAAACGAAAAGGACUCGAAGCACUGGCAGAUUUCUUGUCAUUCUCAUUUAUUCAAUUUGGUAAUACGAGAACGCAGUUCGAUUUCGUUUGUAAGUGUUAACACAUGUUGUCGUUCGCGAUAUAACCAGGAAGUACAAUCAAUGACGGCGAAUCUCUAAUAAUUGUUUCUCUCCUUCGUUCAGUAUUACAUGUAUGUAUAUUUCGCAGAAUAUAGCUCGUAGGGAUACGAUAGACUUAUAACGACGAUGAUAUAUGUAUAUAUAGAUAUAUGUACGCAUACAGGGUGUUCCGUUUGAAUUUAUAUAUAUUAUUAACCGAAUUCGUUAUUAGCAAAAGUAUAUUUCACUGUUUGUUACGAGGCGGACAUCCUAAAAUAUGUACAAAUCUUGAGGCAAAAACAUGUCUUAGACAUUUUCAGAAGAAUUUCGGUUCUUUAUAAACAGCUUGAUUAUCUGUAUAUUUCUGAAUUGUUCAUCCUGUAUACGUGUACGAUAUUGUAUAAUUAAGCGUGCGUCGAAACUUGAAGGCAUCGCGCGAUGUUUGUUUUUCCGCAACUUAAUUACAUACUUAUAUAUUGUUGGACAUGAAUGAUGCGAGAAAUUUCCAUGUACAGAUUUGAGGAUGCGGUGUUAUUAUAACGAUGUUACGUAAUCAAGGAUAGAAUUUAAAAAAGAGAAGAAUAAAAAAGGAUGAGAAAAAAAUUUGAAAAAUUUUCUAAGUGAUAAAAAUAUACGCGUCUGUUGAUUAUAAUUAUUAGACUCGUUCUGUAUCGUUCGAUCGUUACUCAUUUUUCGAGCUUUAACCGUCCUUAAAUGAGAGUGGGUGGUUCUUUUCCCCUUAUAAAUGGUAGGUAUAGAAUUGUCCUCUAAAACGCGUAUUAAUUUUUAUUCAAAACGUUUGGUACUAAUAUCUUUAUCUAGAAUUUAGAACGUUUUAGUUAUAGAGAAUUUUAUCUAGUAAGGUGAUCGUAUUCUUACUGAAAAUGAAAACAAGACGGAAGAUUAUAAAAUUUUUCGUAAUAUUCAUUAGUGUCGUUAGGAUUUUAUUACAGAAACUCUAUCGCAGCCAAAGUACCCAGUUUUUAGUACUAACGUUUGCAUUUCGCUAGAAGAUAUCAUUAAGAGCUUUAAUUUUCUAAUAAUAUUUCCAACUAUGUUUUUUCUUAUUCUAAUUAUAUAGGAUGCGUAUUACUUUCCAUCUGGCCUCGUACUGAUUUUAUAAAAAUAUGAAAUUAUCUCCAAGAUGGUCUAUCUUUAUUUUAUAUUUAUUAUCGUAGUUAUAGUCUUUUAACAUGAAAAGGUGUAAUUGUUAUAAACAAACACGAGAGGUAUGAUCACCCUACGUUAUAGACAAGUUACCGAUGAAGGGUCGCACGUUUGAAGAAAGGGAACGACGAAGAGAUAAGUGUUCAGAAGACUUAGAAUUUAGAAUAAGGCGAAAAAGACGAAGAUAAUGAAAUGUGCAAAGUUUAUAAUUACGUAUAAAUAUAAUACGUGCCAUAUAUUAAUUGUAACGUCAGAAAUCGUUACGCAUCGAAAUGAAUUUGAAGUUGUUGUAUAGCCGGAUAGUCUUAUGCGUGAUUGUACAUACGUCCGCGGACGUUAAUUCUUUAUUGUAUAUUAUGGUAGUACCUUGAGCUUCGCAUUUCUUUCUCUUUUAAGAUUCGACUUCGUUUCGAAUCUCACUGUAGAAUUUUGUUAUAAUUUCGGUGAACAACGCGUAAUUUAGCAUUCCAUUAUUUAUGUCCGGAUACAGCCGUAAUUUAAUUCAAGCUCGACGAUUCGAAUCUAAGGGAGAUAAACGAGAGCUCGUUCGAGCUGGAAAGUCGGAAAUCCUGUUUCUUUCAAAGCUCGCGCUUCUCGUAAACGAUUAAUGAUAAAGUAGCGUCAUUUUAGUCAACGACAAUUUUAUAUCUACACUUACUUAUGUCGUUAAUAUCAGAUUAAACGUUUCUUCCAUUCGAUCGAUUCUGAAUUAUCUCAUAAGCUCGACUCACAAUACAUACGAAUUUUAUACCGUUUUUAUAUAAAUCCAGUAAUAAUGUGACCGGAAAUGUUUACGGUGCGGUCAGAUUUACGGACGUUAUACGGUUACAUGUGCUGGAAUAUUUAAUCAGAAUCGAAUGAAACUGCAAAUCCUUUGUUAUUCAUCAAGUAAAUAUAAUAUUUUAACUAUUAUCUCGUCUAUUCAUUAAAAAUAUAAUUUUGCACAAAUAAAUUCAAUGUUUUAUCUGGACGUAAAGUGUUCUUCAGAAUUUCGAUGAAGAACUUGCUGGUUUCAUUCGAGCCUGGGUUUAAUAUUCGGCUCCACGUUUAACCAUCUUCUGAAAAUAGUGUGUGAAUAAAUAAUGUGAAAUAAUAACGAAGUGCCGCUGUCGAGGACUCGAAGACACCAGUGGCAAAGCUUGGACGCUCUUCCGAAACGAGAAUCGAGGAGCGGUUCGAUUUCCCUGACCGAUGACGGAACGAACCGUUCAACAGGCGAAAUUUUCUUAAUAAACACGAAUUGAUCAGGGUUUUCGAAUAGACGCGCGUAAAAAAUGCAAAUUUACACUUUCGAAUAUUCUUUAAAGAUAAUUAACGAAGCGCGCACGGGAGAUGUAGAAAUAAUGUGGAAACGUAAUGAGGAGGAGGAGAUAACAUAAAAGGGAAUAAUUUAAUAAAGAGUGACGGAGGAAAGAAAUGUAAAACAAGAAAGGAGAAGCGAUAGGAAAGGUGAUGCGGAGAAAUAUUCAGUAUUUUGUCAAAAAUUCAUAUUACCAGUGUAAUAAAAGACUUUGAUAUAUUGUUAGUAUGCGUUGUAGGUAUUACGGAAUGAAUUUAAAUAUAAAUAUACACGAUAUACAUGAGCAUACGCAUCUAUAAACGUGUGUAUUGUAAUAAGGAAUAAUUAAGGUCUUAUAAUUUUAAAUGACUUUUAAUAUAGGUUUACUUGUGUAAAAUAAGAAAAAAAUAAUUGUGCUCAAUAAAUUUCAAUAAAUAACGAUUUUGCCUAUGCCAAUAA